AUGAAGAUUUUCCUUGCUAUGAUUCCACGUGAUAAAGUGAAUCCUGUGGGAAAAAUAAAUGAGGUACAGGCAGUUGGGGAUAGUCAAGAACAGGUUAAUGUGUACGAAGACAAAAAUGGAAAGGAAGAUGAGAAAAAUGGAAAUGAAAUUAAUGUGAAUGAAGUCGGAAAUGCAAAGGAAGACGAGAAUAAUGGAUUUUCCUUUUUUUAUAAUGAAAUGGAUGUGAAUGAAGAAGACAGUGCAAAGGAAGGCGAGAAUAAUGGAAAUGAAAUGGAUAUAAAUGAAGACAACUUGUUUGCUGAAGGAAUAUCAGAGGAUGCCGGGGAAGAAGCUGUCACUAUUGAUGACGACUCGAGUAGCAAUUCAGAAGAUGGUAGUGAAGUGGGAGGAGUACCUGACAUCGAAGAUGGAAAAGACUCUAAGAAGAAGAAUCAUAAUAUGGUUGUAACCAGUAUCAAAGUUGAAUCACCUUCUAUUGGAAGAGGUGUAUGGAAAUUAAAUGUAAGUCUGUUAGCUCAGGAUGAGAUGAAAGCAAAAUUUAAAGCUCUGUGGGCGAGUCUUAAAAAGGGAAAAGAAUUUUAUAAAGAAUUAUAUAGGAAAGUUGAUGUUGAACUUCACGUGCAGGAGAAGUUCAUAGCAUUAUGUAAUAAUAGUCUGGAAGAAGAGGACUGUGAAAUGUUGGUUGAUGAUAUUACAGAAAAUGAGUUAAGUGCUGUAAUUAAGAAUUUGAAUAAUGGGAAAGCACCAGGGAACAGUGGCUCCAUAUCCCCUGCCGUCGGCAGCUAUGGAGUGGAAUCUACUAUACAACAACGGGUGCGUGAUGAUGUUAUCACUACACCUGUAACUCUCGUCGAGAGUGUUAGACCACCGGAGGACUUGGGAAAAGACAAAAACGAUGAGGAAAUCCAACGUCUGCGGUCGGAUGUCUGCCGUUUGUCUGAAGCAUUGGACUUCUUGGCCGAUAAAUUCGAACAAUACACCAAAGAAACAGAUGGGUUGAAGAAGACGAUUGUGGCCCAGCAGGAAAAGCUUCAGCAGUGGGAGAAGAAGAAUGAAGAAACUGAACACCUGCUGGAGCGGACUAACCAGACUAUUGUGGCGCUUCAACGAAAUAUCUUGCGCCAAAACAAUCUCAUAGGCUCAUUAAAAGUGAAAGCGAUAAUGAGGGACAGGAAGAUCGAAUCUUUGGAAAAUGUUAUUGCAGAAAAGGAAACCUUGAAGAGAGAUUCGAUCAUUCCUCGUCUAGAAAGAAGGCUGGAAGAACUGUCCUCUCAAUGUGAGCUUCUGGAGGCAGAUAAGAAACAAAUGGAGGAACGAAUAGUAGAACUUCAAAUGGAUAAGUCCAAAACCGAGCUCGAAAAUCGAGGCUCAGACGCUAGGCAAUUCGAGUCUCUAGUUUCUUGGAUGGAAAAUUUGUCGUCAAACGAAUGGGAAGAAACUGCCAAAGCGGAAUUUGAUAUAGACCGCUUAAAUAAAGCAGUUAUUCAAAUGAUGAAACUAGUGAAUCGACGAAGUCUUGAUCAAGAGGAUAGGACCAACGCCAGGGCAUUGAUAGCUGGACUGAAGAGACAGAGGAAAACUCUGGGAUGUAACAAGGCUGAUUUGGCCAUGAAAGCACAUCUUGGCAUUCAUAUACAUAUCCUGGGUAAAGCUCGAGGUAACAGAAUCAAAAAGGAGAUUGAAAAAUUUAAAGAAUGUUCCUGCCAGAAGAAAACUGUCCUACCGACAGAGAAUGCCUCUGUCAUUCCAAGAUUUGGACUUGUACCGGAGGUCCUUCCUACUAUGAAGGAUUCCAUACCCAUCGCCCAAAGCGAGACUUUGAAGAAAGAGCUCACCACUAAUACUUCUGCCGUUAAGAGACCAAAGUUUCAAGAGGAGAGAGACAUUUUCUUCAAGGAAAAGCAAGACAUACUGAUAGGGAAAUUGACGCAAGACCUGUACGAAUGUCAAUUGGAAAGAAAAAGGUUGAUAGGAUGGGAACAAGAACUGAGGGAAACUGAGAACAAACUGAUCAAAAUGAGGGAAUUGCUCCAGAUAUUGGGUGAAUAUACUGUGGUGGACAAUGAAAGGAUGUUAAAACAUGCAGAAGACUUGAAAGAAUUGGAAAAAAACCUAAGUAUAAGACAGAAAAAAUUGGAAGAAAAAGAAAAAUACAUGCAGGAAAGAGAACAGAAAGAAUUGGGACAUAAAGAAAAAUACUCGCAGGAAUGGGAAGAAAACAAAGAAUUGGAACAAAAAGAAAAAGACUUGCAGGAAAUGGAACAAAAAGAAAAAGACUUGCAGGAAUUGGAACAAAAAGAAAAAGACUUGCAGGAAAUGGAACAAAAAGAAAAAGACUUGCAGGAAAGAGAACAAAAUAUGGAUAUAAAACAGAAAGAAUUGGAACAAAAAGAAAAAGACCUGCAGGAAUGUGAAGAAAACGAGAGUAUAAGACAGAAUGAAUUGGGAUUAAAAGAAAAAGACUUGCAGGAAAUGGAACAAAAUCUGAAUAUAAAACAGAAAAUAUUGGAACAAAGAGAUGAAAACUUGCAAGAAUUGGAACAAAAUUUAAAACAAAUAAGAGAAGAGUUCCAGGAAUGGGAACACAACAUGACCUUAAUACAUGAUGAAAAAGGAACAUCUCAAGAAGAUGUGCAGAUCUACCAAGAAAAUUCAGGUGUGGAUACAGCCUUACCUUCAAGCCCAAGCAGAAAGCGCCCCUCACCACCUAAGUCAAGCACCAAUUGCUGUCUCAUAAGUGCCAACUCAGAUAAUGAGUCCCCCACACCAGUCAUUGUCUGCCUGUCAUUUGGUGACAUCUCAUCUUAUCUCCAGUUAAUCCCUGAUACAGGAGCAGACAUCACAGUGAUUGGCACCACACACUUGGAUGCACUCUGCAUACCCAGGACAAGACUUUCACAUUCAGCCAUGACAGAUGUUGUGACAGCAGAUGGAUCCCCCAGACACCAGCUGUGGGUUACUUCCAGGCGACACUGCCUUGGCAAUAGGGAUAAAGUGAAAGAAGAACUUGAUUCCUUAGUGAAACAAGGAAUCAUCACACCAGCAGGUGACGAACCUUCCAAAUGGUCCCAUCCUAUGGUCCUGGUACCCAAGGACAAAGCAGUCCGCAUCACUGUGGAUCACACCCACCUAAAUUCUCAAGUCGCCUGCCCUACGCACCCAUUUCCCACACCCCACGAUGCUGUCCGCAACAUCUCUCCUAAUGCUAAGUACUUCACUACAGCAGAUGCUCUGCAUGGCUACUGGCAGAUGGAGCUUGCAGAAGAGGACCGCCACCUGACAACAUUUAUAACUCUGUACGGGAGAUUUCAGUACUGA